UAGAGCACUAAUUUUAUUAUAGGUAAUAGUACCAAGUUAAUUAUUUUGCUGUUGAAGUAAUUAAUAAUCCAUAAUGAAUGUGACGGCUAUUGAAUAUGAGAAAAAUUCAACCGGUGCUCAGGAAAACGCCAGACAAUUGGUGAGCAAAUUGGUGGCCGACAACAGGGAAUACGAUAUAAUUGUGGACAUGGGUUGCGGAACCGGUUAUAUGACUGAACUUUUGGCCAAAUCGGUGAAACACAACCGCAUUAUUGGUGUUGAUUUUACCGCCGAUUUUCUGUCGUUUGCCGAACAGAACCACAAACCUAUGGAUUCUGUCGAGUAUUUGCUUCAAGACAUGAGCAAAACAUGGGAUGAAAUGAGUCCUGUAGUGAAGGCAUUGGAGUCUAAGGUAUCGCUAAUUGUAAGCAACAGAGCCUUACAUUUCUUUGAGAAUAAGCCGCGACUAAUGCAUGUCAUGAGCCGAUUGUUGGUCAAAAACGGGUCACUUGUGGCCACAUAUCCGUUGACACCGGACCUCAUGUCUCGCAUAACCGAUGAGGAGAAGCGUGCGUUUGGUUUGCAGUCCUUCCGCACGCCGUCGCCAGACCUACAGCUCGACGAUAUGGUCCGCGCGUGUGAGAGCACCGGCUUUCAAGUGCUGGACAAACAACUGUAUCUCUACGAAUGGCACCUUGAUGCUAAAGUAUUUAUUGCUAGGAAACGAUUUCCGCAGAUAUUUGUGCCGUUAAUAUCAUCGGAAGAUAAUCCGGCAAAACAGGCGUUAAUCCAAAACCUGAUGUUUGAUGUGGCGCUCAAUCCAAACGCCCGGCGCCUCAAUCCAGACGCCAUCGCAGAGCUCGGCUCUCCUCCAACCUUUCAAACUGUGUUUUACAUUCCCUUGGUCAAUUUGAAAUGUAUUAAGUUGUAAUUAAUUGACUCACAAUUCAGUUGUCGAUAUUUAAAAUGAAUUUAUUUAGAUUAGAUGUUACCUAAAAAUAGUAUUGCUUAAAAUUAUUAAACUAGAUAAUAUUACUUUGUU